AUUUUCUUCGCUUAUAUCCUCUUACACAAGGUUAUUGUUAUAUCAGCGUUACGAGUAAGCGAGUCGUUUUAGUUUAAAAUUGAAACUCGAACAGAUGUGAAGUGAGUGCCUGAAAACGAGUGUGAAAUAAACAUUGAUAUUGUUACGAAAUUUUACAAUUACGAUAUUUGUUAAAACAUGGAACAAAGUCUUCGCACUUCAAGAGACCUAGUCGUUGAUAAAUCUGUUCUAUCUGCAAGUACUUAUAUCUCGCGAAAAGUAACAAAUCGUUGUAAAAAUAUUAAAAAAAGUGACAAUCGAAAUACGCUUAAUGUUUUUCCUAAUGUCGAUGAUAUUAGGAAUAUAUUUUUCUUUAGGAACAAACGAAUAUCAUCCUGCGUGGGAGACGAUGAUUUUAAUGAGAAACUAUCGAACGAAUUAAUUUUAUUGAUAUUUAAAUGGUUGCCUAAGAAAGAUCUGGUACAGUGUACGAUGGUUUGCAAGAGAUGGCACGAAAUAACGUACAACGAAAUAUUAUGGAAAAAUUUAGAUUUAUAUCGGAAGACUUUAAAGGAAAUUACGUUGCAACAAAUAUUAUCGAGAGGCGUUCGAAUAUUAAGGCUUGCACAAGCAAAGAUUAUAACGUCUGUGAUUCGAGAAAUGAAUGUUCGUUACGAUAACGAUUGUACGUACAAAUUACAAUACUUGGAUCUUUCUAUGGCAAUGAUAUUACCAGAUAAUCUGGCAAGUUUAUUAUCGAAAUGUAAAGAUUUAAAAAAAUUAUCCUUGGAAAGUUGUACUUUGAAUGCAGCGUGCUGUAAAGAAUUAAGUUAUUGCACCAAAUUAGAGGUGUUGAAUUUGGCCAUGUGCGAAGGAAUAGAUCUCAAGGGUAUCUUAGAUAUACUUAAACUCAGAAGCUUAAUCGAACUCAAUGUGGCGUGGUGUUCGUUGGAUAAAGAAUCUGUUACUAUUUUGUGUAAAAUGCUUCCAGCUACUAUUACUCGCUUAAAUAUUUCUGGAUGUAGAGAAGUUAUAAUAGAUUACGACAUCGAAGAAUUGAUAAGAUCCUGUCCAAAUAUCAUAGAAUUAGAUUUAAGCGAUUGUAGCGUACUUACCGACAAAACAAUUUUAAAUAUUCUAAAUUUGACGAAAUUAGAACAUUUGUCGUUAAGUCGUUCUUACAACAUAUCUACAUUAUCGUAUUUAGAAUUGGAACGUAUGCCACGUAUGGAGUAUUUGGAUAUAUUUAGUUUGUUACCAAAGUCGGUGCCGAACAAAUUAAAAAUUAAUAAGUUUCUGUUUAGUUCUAUCGCAAGGCCCACUAUAGGAAAUCAAAGCGGGACUAUUUGGGGCCUUCGAGUUAGAAAUUAGUUUUGAUUAAAGAAAUUGUUAGAAAUUGUUGGAACCGAAACGUUACAAAAAAAAAAAAAAAACAAAAUAAUAAAGUUGAAUGCACGCAUAAACAUAUGUAAAUAAUUAUUAAAUGUGUAAUAUAUACGUAUAUAUCAAAAACCUAUAAUCGGCGAAUCCAUGUAAUUUCAAUAAAUCGUAGUUACAUGCGAACAGGUAAAACGCUUGAGAACAAGUGUUCGUAUUAAGUCGAGUUACACGUAGUAAAUAGGUUUCAUGGGAAUGUACGACUUUAUACGUAUGCGUCGAAUCGCACGUAAGAAGUUCGAUAUUAGCAGCCUCUCACUGAUUUCUUUAAGAAGAAGCAACUUCUCCCUUUCUCCACGUUCUUCCCUUCUUACGACGAUUUAUAUACCGUAGACGUUGAAUUAACGCGUAAUUUCGAAGAUGGUCAAAAAGGCGAAUAAUUAAAGGAAAAAAAAAAAGGAAAAGAAA